GGUGACAAUUGAGGAUUCAAAAAUUUAAAGUUUCUCCUCUCUUUUCCUACAUUUUCCUUGAUUAACAAACAAAACCAAACCUUUUUGAGAACUCCCUGAGCCUUGCUCUCUGGUCAUAUAUUCUUGCCGACAUGCCAAUGGUGCUUGAAGAAUUUGAGCCUAUAUUCGGCGAACCCAAGGUCGAAUGGACGGGUUCAUCUUCGGGUUCGGGUCAAUCAAGUGGGUUCUUGUUCUACGUUCAUUCUCCGGACUCAUCUCAUCUAAGGAUUUGCGUCUCUGAUUUCCGCGACACCACUUGGGAGUCUGUACGCUCCGUUUUGCAGCUUGAAGACAUGAGGGACACUGUUGGAAUAGGGGGCUCUUGGUCUGACUUCAUUCACUAUCUGCUAGCCUCCAUUAAGUCUGAAGAUGUAAAGCUUCUUUUGGAAGCAAUGCCCAACUCAAGUGAUACCAAAUCUGCAAAGUUAGUUGCUCAGAAAUCAAAAGGAAUGCCUCGAAUUUCCUUUUCUCUCACAAAACUCACUGGUUCUGCUGCUCCUGAUGCUAUGGCUAGUCUUUCACUAGAACUUUUUAAAGCAUAUAAAGGCGUGCAAUCUCUAUUUAUGAAAGAACAAGACCGCUGUUUACAGUUGACAAAAGCGAUAUCAGCUGAGAAGGAAAAGAAUGAAACUAUUCAGAGCCAACUGGAGCUAAAUUCAAAGAGGCACAAAGCAGAUGUUUCUACUCCUUCAAUGACAAAUUGCCAAAAUUCUCCAGACAAACAGGCAGCUCGGGAUCCUGGCCCAACACAAGUGACUAAACGAGUAGCACUAGCGUAUCGCAGGGCAAAAGUGAGGGGUGUCAUUUUGCAGGAUAGUGAAAAUGACAAAGAUGGCUAGAAGACAAGACAGUCACAAAUGGGAUAGUCCUCUCCUAUUUGGCAAAUUUCUCCUUUCAAUCUCAAAAUUCGAACCUGAGGUCUUCAACUUGGAGUCUCAAAUACUGAGUUCUAAAGGAUGGGGUGUCCCCUUGAGGCUAAUGACAUUCUAUAUAGGAGACGUUCCUUCUUGUUAGGACUGUUCUGUUGUCUCUACUGCUAGUAAUAGCAGAUUUGCUACAGCUUUAUUCUCUUUCAGAUAAUGAAUUCUUCCUGUCUCUUGGGUUUGCUUUUCUUGAAAAGGAAGAAUAGCCAGCAAGCCGGCAAAGAAGUCUUGUUAGCGUGCCUGCAUGAUGAUUAUCAAUUGUUCAAAAUGCUGUUAGUACAACGAGCCAGUUAUUGGUCUUGUAGUCAAUGUGAACCUGGAUGAAUCUACUGAAUUCUUGAUCAGAUAUGAAGCCUAAGAUUUUAUUGUAUUUCUUUUGUUAGGGCAUGUUAGCCUCAAUUAUUUGGAAUAACUCAUGCCGUUAUCAGCUA